CCAAUGGAUUAGCUUUCAUUCAUUGCUCACUUUCUUUCAGUCUCUCAACUGCCGAACGCAUGAAAUGGGCAUCACUUGAUUUACUCUUUCUAAUCAGAACAGAUAUGGCUGUCAUCAGACUUUUGUUCACUUCUCUUCUGUUGCUUCCUUUCUUUCCAUUCUUCUCCUCCCGUGCCAAACUCCAUGCUGCUACCGAUACCCUCUCUCGAGGCCAGUCUCUCUCUGGGGACCAGACCUUAGUGUCCAAGGGUGGCAACUUCGAAUUUGGUUUCUUCACCCCAGGUAACUCCCACAAGUACUAUGUAGGCAUCUGGUAUAAGAAGGUCUCCAAGCAAACUGUAGUUUGGGUGGCGAACAGGGAGAAACCUGGCGUCAAUGAUUCAGCUUCAGAGCUAAAUCUAUCUGAAGAUGGCAAUCUAGUGCUCACGCACUCCAAAAACCAAAUCUGGUCAUCCAAUUCAACCUCCACUGCUUCAAACUCCACAAUCGCAGUGCUCCUUGACAAUGGUAAUCUCAUGUUAAAAGAUGAGUACAGUUCUCAUAUUUUGUGGCAAAGCUUUGAUCACCCAACAAACACAUGGCUCCCUGGAGCUAAGUUGGGGUAUGAUAAGCUCGACAAGGUGGACAGUUUCCUCACUUCGUGGAAGAAUUCAGAAGAUCCUUCACCUGGGCCCUUCUCUGUCGAGAUCAGCUCGAAAGGCAUCAGUCAGUUCUUCUUUCUGGCUAACAGGACUCGAGAGUACUGGACUACUGGGGUUUGGGAUGGGCAAAUAUUUAGUGCGAUCCCAGAAAUGAGAUCAAACUACUUCUUCAACUUCAACUAUGUCGCCAACAUGAAUGUGAACUACUUCAGUUACUAUGUCCGCGACACUUCCUCUAUCUCGAACUUCAUGUUGGAUUUCACAGGCCUUAUGAUACGCCAGCAAUGGGACCCAACCACACAGAACUGGACAUUGUAUUGCUCUCUUCCAAGGGAUCCAUGCGAUGUUUAUGCUCUUUGUGGGUCCUUCAGUAGCUGCAGCAACUACAGCUCUCCCUCCUGUGAGUGUUUGCAAGGCUUUGAGCCUCUGUCCAUGGAAGAAUGGAAUUUAGGUGAUCACACCAGAGGUUGUGCUAGAAAAACAUCUCUGCAGUGCGAUGAAAAUGAUGGAUUCAUGAAGUUGUCCGGUGUGCAGCUGCCCACCAAUCCUGAAUCUUUAGCAGUCAGCAGCGCAAAAGAGUGUCAAUCCACUUGCUUGAAGAAUUGUUCAUGUGUUAUUUUUUCUUAUGGUUCCAAGUGUUUGAUGUGGAACGGGGAUUUUCUCAACCUUAAAAAACUGUCUGUAAGUUCGAAUAAUGAUGCAAAGUUAGGAGUUCUUUAUCUUCGGCUUGCUGGUUCCGAGCUGGCGAGGCCUAAAUCUGAGAAGUUGAGGACUGUGGCUGUCAUCAGCUCUGUGGUAGCUCUUGUUCUUAUCACCAGCUUUGUUUUGGUGUUGAUCUGGAGAUUCUGUUGGAAGCCUACUCUUGGAAAUCCUGAGGCAGCUCAAGGUUUUCUGGUUCCAUUCGAUUACAAAGCUAUAAAGAGGGCCACCAAGGAUUUCUCCGAGAAACUCGGGCAAGGAAGUUUUGGGACUGUGUUCAAGGGAAUUUUGCCAGACUCAACCGUCAUUGCUGUCAAGAAACUUGAAGGUGUUAGGCAAGGGGAGAAGCAGUUCAGGAUGGAAGUAAGCACGAUCGGGAUGAUUCAACAUGUUAAUCUAGUCCGUCUCCUUGGAUUCUGCUCUGAAGGUGAUAAAAGGCUACUAGUUUAUGAUUACAUACCCGGGGGUUCGUUAGAUUCAUAUCUGUUCAAAAGUAGCUCCAAAAUCUUAGACUGGAAGCAGAGGUACCAAGUUGCACUGGGGAUUGCCAGAGGCUUAGCUUAUCUCCAUGAGAAAUGUAGAGAAUGCAUCAUGCACUGCGAUAUCAAGCCUGAGAACGUACUUUUAGAUAUGAAUAUGUGUCCAAAGAUUGCAGAUUUUGGUAUGGCAAAGCUCCUCGGUCAUGAAUUUAGCCGAGUACUGACAAGCAUGAGAGGAACUUUUGGCUAUCUAGCUCCAGAAUGGCUCACAGGCUCUGCCAUCACUCCAAAAGCUGAUGUUUAUACAUAUGGAUUGAUGCUCCUUGAGAUAAUCUCAGGCAGGCGAAACACAGACAGAAUAGGAGAUGGAGAAUUUGGGUACUUCCCUCUCUGGGCUGCAAUCAAAGUGAAUGAAGGUGAUUGUCUUUGCUUACUAGAUGAGAAGUUGGAGGGAGGUGCCGACAUCGAAGAGCUUAGUCGUGCUUCCAAAAUUGCUUGCUGGUGUAUUCAGGAUCAAGAAAGCAGUAGACCAACAAUGGGACAUGUGGUUCAGCAAUUGGAGGGAGUUUUAGAUAUGGGAAUGCCUCCGAUCCCUAGUUUGCUUCAGAAACUUGUCGUGGAUUCCCGCAUUAGCACUUUGUCAGAGUCUACAGGGUAAUUCUAUGCUGCUCAAGUUUAAAGCAUGCCAUGGAGAUUGGUAGACAUGUACUAAAUAAAGAAUCAUGUUGUGUUAGUGGAAUAUUUGGCCAUGUCCAUUUGAUGUUAUAUAGAAAUAGUAGAAUGUCCUACCUUCUUGUAACUCCCUUAGAAUAAUACCUUAGGUUAAUCCUCAAUUACAGUAAAUAGCUGUGGCUGAUCUUUUAGACAUGUACUAAAUAAAGAAUCAUGUUGUAUUAGUGGAAUAUUUGGCCAUGUCUAUUUGAUGUUAUAUAGAAAUGGUAGAAUGUCCCACCUUCUUGUAACUCCUUUAGAAUAACACCUUAGGUUAAUCCUCAACUACAGUAACUAGCUGUGGUUGAUCUUUUCUACAGUUGUUCCCUCUCUUCUCUUCAGUUUUAAACACAAUAUCUUAUACUUGUGAUGA